AAUGCUCCGUAAAACAUCUAUUGAUCCUCUUUUAGGAAGAACUAAUCAGUCAUUAUACGGAUCCGGCUCUGCUAACCUUGUGGACACAUUCGAUGACCUUCCUCCUGGAAUAGGGCAAUAUGAAGACUUUCAUACUAUUGAUUGGCUUCGAGACAUUGCCCGAGAUCGAUAUAGGCAUCGUCAAAUAUUAAAGAAAAGACAGGACAGUUGGCUAGAAUCUAUAAAGUCAGCACAUGAUGCUUGGUCUGGAUGGGUGUGUGUUUUACUUGUUGGAUGUGCGGCAGGUGUUUUUGCCGCCGUUAUCGACAUCGGAGCUUCUUGGAUGUCAGACUUGAAGGAGGGUAUUUGUUCCGAAGCGUUUUGGUUGAACAGAGAACAAUGUUGUUGGGUGGCCGACGUUAAUUCGACUUUCAACGAAAAAGGGUGUACAAAAUGGCAAACUUGGCCAGAGUUAUUUGGUUCCUCUGGAAAAGGUGCGGGAGAUUAUAUACUCAAAUACAUCAUUUAUAUAUUUUGGGCAAUGCUCUUCUCAACACUUGCUGUAAUGCUCGUUAGAGUGUUCGCACCAUACGCUUGCGGCUCUGGUAUACCUGAGAUUAAAACUAUCUUAUCAGGCUUCAUUAUACGGGGUUAUUUGGGCAAAUGGACAUUAAUUAUCAAAUCUGUUGGUAUGAUGCUGGCGGUUAGUGCUGGCCUAAGUCUUGGUAAAGAAGGUCCCUUGGUCCAUGUAGCAUCUUGCUGCGGUAAUAUUUUUUCAUAUCUCUUUCCGAAGUACGGUAGGAACGAAGCAAAGAAAAGAGAGAUUCUUUCAGCCGCUUCGGCUGCUGGUGUAAGCGUUGCCUUUGGAGCCCCUAUCGGAGGCGUUUUAUUUUCUUUGGAGGAAGUUAGUUAUUAUUUUCCUCUCAAGACCCUUUGGCGUUCCUUCUUUUGCGCCUUGGCCGCUGCAUUUGUUUUAAGAUCAUUUAAUCCCUUUGGCAAUGAUCAUCUCGUUAUGUUCUAUAUUGAUUAUAAUAAUCCAUGGUAUUUAAUUGAAUUAAUACCAUUUAUUAUAUUGGGAAUAUUAGGAGGUCUUUGGGGCGCCUUUUUUAACAAAUUGAACAUAAUGUGGUGUAGAUAUAGAAAGCAAUCAACCCUGGGUAAAUAUCCUAUUAGUGAGGUCCUGCUGGUUACCCUCUUAACGGCAGUUUUGGCUUUUCCAAACCCUUACACUCGUAUGAACACUUCAGAACUUAUCAAAGAAUUGGUAAGGCAAUGCGGACCCGAAGACGAAGAUGAUUUAUGCAAUUAUGAUAGAAAUGUAACAGAUAUGAUGGCUGGAAUAAGUUCAGCACCCUUAGGAAGUGGAGUUAAAAGGGCAAUGUGGCAACUAGCCUUAGCCUUAAUUUUUAAAUGCGCUAUUACAAUUUUUACUUUCGGUAUCAAAGUUCCAGCCGGUUUGUUUAUACCCUCCAUGGCAAUUGGUGCCAUUACUGGCAGAAUGAUUGGCAUUGGCAUGGAACAAUUGGCAUUUAAUUAUAAGGAAUAUUCGAUAUUUAAAGAAAUGUGCUCUGCUGGCCAUACCUGCGUUACCCCUGGUCUAUACGCUAUGGUCGGAGCUGCAGCAUCACUUGGUGGAGUUACCCGAAUGACGGUAUCUCUCGUUGUUAUAAUGUUUGAAUUAACUGGGGGCCUUCAAUAUAUCGUACCACUGAUGGCCGCCGCAAUGGCUAGCAAGUGGGUUGGUGAUGCAUUUGGUCAUGAAGGCAUCUACGAAGGUCACAUACGAUUAAAUGGAUAUCCGUUUUUGGAUAGUAAAGAAGAGUUUACUCAUACAACUUUGGCAGCUGAUGUAAUGAGACCUAGGCGAAAUGACCCACCUUUGGCAACAGUUACGCAAGAUUCCAUGUCGGUAGAAGAAUUGGAAUCUUUACUUAGGGAAACGGAUCAUAACGGUUUUCCCGUUGUUGUUUCGCAGGAAUCUCAAUAUUUGGUUGGAUUUGUUUUUAGAAAGGAUCUAACUAUUGCUAUAACAAAUGCCCGAAAUAAUCAGGAUGGAAUAGUUAGUCAAUCCAUCGUUUACUUUACUAGUCACGUACCGGUCACAACUGUAGCCGGAGGCCCGACACCUCUUAAACUGAAUAAGAUUUUAGAUAUGGCUCCAAUAACAAUUGCCGAUCAAACACCUAUGGAAAUUGUUCUUGAGAUGUUUAGAAAAUUAGGAUUGAGACAAACACUUGUGACACACAACGGGAGAUUAUUGGGUAUUAUUACAAAGAAAGACGUUUUGCGACACAUUGCUCAGUGUCAUCACCAGGAUCCCGAAGACAUUUUAUUUAAUUAA